GCUGCAGCCCUGUGAUGGGAGGCUCCGUCCGUAAACUUACAGUCUUCUCGCCAAGUGUCACACUUCGGCUUUGAGAAACGUCAGAAGUAUUGCACGAGUAUAAAAUCUCACGAUUAACUACGAGACUUGGAAUCUCCAAAAUUUUGUCCGGGCCAAAGAGCGACAUCCGAUGGGGGGAUCGACACUCGGAGAUGCGCGGGUCAAGUGAGGGGUCCUACACUUGGAUGAACUGGGGGAGGAGAGAGCACAGUGAGCCUGUCAUGUAAGCCGCCUCCUCUGGGGCCACCUCUUGGUGCACGCUGCUUCCUGCCUCAGGUAGAAGUCUCAGUGUUUCUGCCGCUGAGGCGUCAGGCAGCUCUCUCUCUCUCUCUCUCUCUCUCUCGCUCUCUCUCUUUUUCAUCUCCCCUUCACUCCCUCCUGCUGAGAAGGCAACACAUCCCCUCUCAAAGCACGGAAAUGGAGAAGAGCUGCUCAGAGUGCACAGAGCCGACACUUGCACAGAGUCUGUGUACGCUCUGCAACAAGUGGUUGUGUUACCAGUGCACAGAUGUGCACCAGCAUCAGAGAGUCGCCACCACUUCCCAGUACAUGGAGUCACACCAGCAGCAGAGGCCCAGUGCCACCCAGUUCCCCGAACUUCACCAGAGAGGCUCCAGCUCCCUGCCUCCUACUGGACAAGGCCCGGGGUCGUAUCCUUGUUCCCUCCUCAUGUGCCACUCUCACAGACAGGAGCCCUUGGAGCUUUUCUGCGAAUCAUGUGACCUUCUGUGCUGUAGCAGCUGUCACCUGUCCUCCCACAAAAACCACAGGGUGGUGCAGAUCGGAAAGGCCCUACAGGACCAGCAAUGGCUGUUUGAGAGUCUGAUGGUUCAGGUGGAAGAGAGGAGGUCUGCAGUGGAGUGCAGUGCUAAACAAAUAGAGGAGAGACUUCAUGGAGUGAAGAUUGCACACAGGAAGGCAGAGAACCAGAUUAAAAUGGCAAAGAUGAUUAUGAUGAACGAGCUUAACAAACGAGCCAACCUAUUAAUAGAGCAACUGGAGAAGAUUGCAGAGGGCUUCCAGCAGCGUCUGGAGGACCAGCUGCAAGGGGCAAUAGAGAUCUGUGGCCAGCUGGACCAUAUUCAGAAGUUCAUCACCUGGGCUAUGACCCAUCACUGCACAAGCCCGGUGCUCUUCAGCAGAGCUUUGAUUUCACUUCAGAUGCAGCAGCUGCUUGAGGCGUCACACGACUCAGACUCUUGGAGUCCAUUGAAGAUAAAAUUCAACUGGGAUGCUAGUUACUGGACGAAACAAAUAUCCUGUUUAGGCCAGCUGACUGUUGAGGGGGGAAACUGCGCUUACCCACCAGGGUUGGCCUGCUCCAGUAUUAUGAGACCCCAGCCCAUUACCUGCUUGACCCUGCCACCUGUGUUUCACAGAGGACGAGAGCCAGGCUACGGGUACCAAGCCUGCUGUGAGCCCCAGAUGUGUUGCCUGCAUGGCAUUCACUCUCAGCCAGAUCUGUCCAGUCUGGAAAAAAGCCAGCUGGAAGCCACACUCUAUAACUCCAGCUGUGCUCAGCCAGCUCAUUUUUCUGCUUCCCAGCACCAGAGCCAGCAGAUCCAGAGGUUCUGGGACUCGGAGAAUUCCUUGCAGUGUCCUUCCACUGCAUCACCUGUCCCAAAAACACGCCACAACCGGCGCAGCUGCAGCCGAGCAUCUGCGUCUCAGCCACAAGCUGCUGACUCACAACCACAUUCUCAGUCUAAGUCCUACCUUUCUCAACACCAACACCAGAAAGAAGUUUUUCCAGAUACCCAGGGCCAGCUAAGUGCAGAGCGUGGGAGGCCAAGCCAGCGUCGGGGGAAGCUAUCGACCGACACAGCUCUGCAGCGGGAGCUCAGCCACACAGUUGUGGACAGAGAUGUGAUGACUGAAGAGAGCUGGGAGGCAACACGUAGUGUUUCAGCAGUGGCUGAAAGCAGAGAGAUACUGGAUGAAGAGUUGCAGCAGGGCAGGGGGGUGCAGAGUCCUGUCCAACAGCAGCAGCAGCCGCUGUGUUUAGCAGGUGUGAGAAAAGAGCAGCAGAGGACCAAAUCUGCACUGACCAUCAGAGACUACAGAGGUGCGAAGAGAUCCACAUCCCUGGAGGUAUCAGUGACAGCUCACGAGUGUGUAUCUGACGUGCAGAGCAGCAGGCUUAGCCCUGGCUCGGUGUGCUCGAGGAGGAAGAGACGCUCCCAGAGCAUCCCGACAGAACUGGCAGCCCCAUCCACCAGCCCUUACACUGAAAGGCCCACAGGAUGUGCUCGCAGCCUAGAGGCAGGAGCUGCAAAUAAGUAUCAUGUGGUGGAUCCCAGACAGAGGAGAGCUUCAGAUGGGGUGCUUUGUGUGACUAAGGAAACUUCAACUGAGCCUCCUUUACUGGCCUAUAAGACGGAGCCAGAUCACUCUGUGACUUAUGUAAAUGAAGAGAUUGGUUUUGAUGCUAAGAAGAAAUGCAGCUUCUCAAGUAGCAGCCACAAGAUAGAUUCUCAGAAAGACUCAGAAAGGCCCAGGGUUCCAGUGGUUUGCCUCGAGCGUCUCAAAAUACUUGUGUCUCAGCUCCCACCGCAUGGAAGAAGACAGAGUGACCCUUUACCUGCCAGCGGGACGGACAAAAGUGAAACUCUCCCUCCGCAGAAAACCUGGCAAGAUGUAAUGCCCGAAGGAAUGGUGGGAGAAUCUCGCUUGCUAACAGCACCAGAGCGACAAACAAAUGAGUCCACCGCACAGUCAGCCACCAGCCACAACAACAUAGGGAGACCUAUUUCUCAUAAAACAUCCACACUGCCCUCCACUGACUCUAAGUAUGUGCCACCCAGUUUCUAUGAACUGGAUCUGGAUUCUGACUCUGAUCCCAGGUCAGUCUCAGAGGAUGUAGUAGUCUCACAGGCUGAUUCAGACCCACAACUUGACUCAGAUGCAUCACCAGAUUCUGACCCAAAUGCAGCGUCUUCAUCUGAGGCUGAACUUGAAUGUGUAGCUGAACAGAAAUCCGGAGAGAUGGGACUGUGUGGCGACUCAGAGCCAAGUCUUGAGUAUGAUGCAGACCCAGAAUCAGAUGCAGGACAGGACGGCCGAGGGCUUGAUGCCGAUACAGAAUCAGGUGAUGCUGAAACGGAGUCUGACAUCCAGCUUGAAUACGACCCCACUUGUCAGGUUGAGACUGAUUCUGACGUCGCGUCCGAUCAGCCUCCAAACUCUCAGGGCUCCGUGGCAUCUGAGCUCGAUGUGGAAUCUGAACCCGAGCUGACGACUGAUGACCCACAGCCACUUCGCUCUGACCUGGAAGAAGAGAUUGGUCCCGGUCAGAGGCCGCUUCUGAUUGCAAAUCCUCUUGGCACAGAGGAAGACCAGCCUGAGCAAGACAGCGCAGAGAUGGAGAGUGAGGAUUUUUGUGCUGUGUGUCUGAUCGGAGGGGACCUGCUGUGCUGUGACUGUUGCCCAAAAGUCUUCCACCUCUCUUGCCAUAUCCCCCCUCUGCUGAGCUUCCCCUCAGGUGACUGGGUGUGCACCCUGUGCAGAGAUGUUCUGCAGCCAGAGGUCGAAUACAGCUGUGAAAUUAAGAGAACAUCUGGAGAAGACGCAUCAGCACAUGGGCUAGUUCCAUGUGACCAGAGAAAAUGUGAGCGAUUGACACUCCUGAUCCUCAGCAACAUCCUGAGCGCUCCCUUCCAAGAGCCCGUCAGUCCACUUGCGCGCCAUUACUACCAGAUCAUCAAGAGACCGAUGGACCUGUCUGUGAUCAGGGCCAAACUCAGCAAGGGGAAUACCCAGUGUUACAACUCACCUGAUGAGUUUGUUGCUGAUGUCUAUCUCAUGUUCCGCAACUGUGCAAAAUUCAAUUAUCCUGACUCUGAGGUGGCCCAAGCAGGCCGCAGCCUGGAGGCCUUCUUCACCUCCAAGCUGAAGGAAGUUUUCCCAGGCAGGGCUUUCUCCGUGGCUGAGGCAGAUUCUGACAGCGAUGAGUACGAUGAGGCCUACAAGACCACCGAGAGUGGUUUCCUGUGGCCAGAGAGGAGGGAGCAAUGCCACAGGAAGAGGAAGAGGAGGCAGUCUCUCAAGUCGAGGAGGCUGCAUUUCUAAUUAGAGCUCGAUGGUGUGCAACCAUGGCGGCAAACAUGUUGUUUUUCUGUAUAAAUUUGCUGUUUUAAUUUAGCAGCCCGAGGGAAUGCAGCAGUGUUUCCAUUCUGUGAUCUAAAAGUAACCUGACCUUGUGGUUUGCAGUAAUAUGACAGUGCUGCCAUCUGAUGGGAGUUAAAUGUGAAAACGGUACUGAAAGUAUUAACUAAUGCAGGCGUCAUUGCUAACCAUGCAAGUCACUGGAGGAGCAGAGUGUGAAAAUGAAAUGAGGUUUAGGUCACAUAUUACAGGCUACACCGUUGUACUUCUGUGCAUCUCAGUUUGUUGCUUCUAUAGCUAUAAAGCACAUAGUGAGCUCAUCCUGUAAUACUUAUUUUAACAUAUCAUGUUUUGGAAACUAAGCGUUUGCUCCUGAUAGACUGCACUGCUUACUGUUUUAUGCUAGCAUAAAGUACCUUACAUAUCUUACAUCAUAUGCUUUAUUGUACAGAGGAUACUGUAGUUGGAUGCUUAUUAAUCACACUUUGCAUCUUUAUUAAGUGUACUUUUUCGUACUUUUUUCAGGCAUAGCCCUGAUUAUACCCAGUACUUUGUCGGUAAAUUCUGUACUUACCAUAUUCAUGAGCUUUCAACACAUUUAUACAUGUGUAAUUGUAUAAAAUUUUAUUUUACUAUAUGAAUGAUUGCAGGCAAUUAACUUAGGUUUGAUUAUUGUUAUAAUUAUGUGUUUCGGUAGCUUUUUUUUUUGAAAAGCAGCAGCAAAAUGUUUUGAUUAGGGGACUAGAGGAUGUGAGGGAUUGUGGGCACCGUAAGCACUGUUAGAGCUCUGUGGGGCAUUUUUAUUGUUAGGAGAUUUAAUGUCUGGAACAAACAUUUCAAGAUUUACAGUUUGCAUUUAGCCAUCAGUUAAGUUUGUGUAUGUAUUACGUAUCAUUUAUGUUGGAAGAAAAUCUUCUACUCUUCUAUUAUCAGAAUGUCUCAGGCUUAAUAAAAUUGUACGGUAUUGUUAUCUUUCAUUAUUGAUGAGUAUAAAAAUGUACUUGCUGUGUGCAGAGAAAUACUGUUGAAAGGAAAUGCGUAAUUUUAUAUAAAUGCUGUAGCACAUUUAUUGUUGUUAACUAUGCUGUACUUGGUUCCUGCAGCUUAAAAUAGGCUUUGUGUGACAUGAUGGCGAUGGAUGUACAAAAGUAGCGAAUGUACAGUAUAUGUAAUGCUGUUUCUUUUGACAUUAGUAGAUCUAAUAAGCAUAAGGGAAAACUGCCAUAGUUGCUGUCACUGUUUCAAGAGAAAAGGUUCAUUUUUUUCAUUUUUUUACUAUAAUUAUAAAU